CACCAUGAGUCAUGUUUACAUACCCACUUGGUCCUUCUCACUUCUCACUUCUCACAUCCCAAGUUUUUGUUUCAGACCGAGGAACACAACUUGUUCCAAAACAUGGCAUCAUCCAUCAUUCCUCUUCAGACAAUGAUUCCCAAGAAUAAUGCACCCAACCCCCCUCCCCGUGUCGGCGUUUCCAUCACUAGAAUCUCGUUUGCGGGCUCAACUGUGGCACCAUGCACCAGGCUUCAGAGGAACGGCCAUAGAUCUUCAUCAAUCGUUGUUUCAGCAGUUGGAGAUGUCUCAUCUGACAGCACCACUUACCUCGUUGCUGGUGCCGUUGCUGUUGCCCUCAUUGGAACCGCCUUCCCCAUCUUCUUCUCUCGCAAAGACACAUGCCCAGAAUGUGAUGGAGCAGGGUUUGUCCGGAGGGCUGAUGUGAGAUUGAGAGCAAAUGCAGCACGAAAGGAUCAAACUCAAAUCGUUUGUGCUCGUUGCAAUGGUUUGGGCAAACUUAACCAAAUUGACAAAUAGACACACUUAUAUCAUAUUAUAUAUAUAUGUUCCCUGCUUUUUCACUUUAAUUUCUUUGGUUUUUCAAUAUGUAGUUAUAAAAGGAUGUGAUCCCCUCCUUGUGUUUCAUCCUAUGACAUGAUAGGAGAGAAAGACACAAAUUUCACUUGUUCACAAGCCUACCAUUUUGCAUUGCAUAUAUGAUUUGUGUUUUUCUCUCCGGUAUCAUGAUACUCCAAUGUCCCUCAAACAAAAUUCCAAAUCCGUUAUCUAAUUGUGUAUAUGUUGUAUUAAUCAUUGUACCUGCUUGAUGCACACUUGCGAUUGAGAAAGUCUAAUGAUACAAUAUAUUUGUCCUUUGUUUCUA